CGGACACCAGACGUGACCAAUCAAAUCAUAACACUGGCCUUCUGGGGAGCUGCCACAGUUUUAAGAAUCAGAGAAACUAAUGGUAGAAUCAUAAACAACACUAUUUAAUAAAGUUUAUCUAGUUAAAAGAUAACUGCUUUAUCAUGGCAUCCGCUCUCGCUCUCAAUACUGGAGCACAAAUGCCCAUUUUAGGUCUGGGGACAUGGAAGUCCUCCCCAGAAGAGGUCACAGAAGCCAUAAAGGUGGCCAUCCUGGCUGGUUACCGUCACUUUGAUGGGGCUUAUGUGUAUCAGAAUGAGAAGGAGGUUGGGGCCGGCGUCCGUGCCAUGAUUGACCAAGGAGUGGUAAAAAGAGAGGAACUUUUCAUCGUCAGCAAGCUAUGGAGCACAUUCCAUGAGAGAUCUCUGGUUAGAGGAGCCUGUGAGAAAACCCUGAGUGACCUAAAGCUGGACUAUCUGGAUCUCUAUCUGAUGCACGAACCUAUGGGCUUUAAGCCUGGAGAAUCCCUUCUUCCUCUUGAUGCUGAGGGCAAAGCCAUUCCAGAUAACAGCACCUUUCUGGAGACAUGGGAGGAAAUGGAGAAGCUGGUGGACGCAGGGCUGGUCAAGGCCAUUGGAAUCUCCAACUUCAACCGAAGCCAGACUGAAGCCAUCCUGAACAAGCCAGGCCUCAAGUACAAACCUGCCAACCACCAGAUUGAGUGCCAUCCCUACCUGACGCAGGAGAAGCUGAUCAACUUCUGUCACUCUAAGGGCAUCACAGUGACUGCGUACAGCCCUCUGGGGUCCCCUGAAAGACCAUGCACAAAGCCAGAUGAACCAUCCCUCCUGGAGGACCCAAAGAUCAGAGCCAUCGCUGAUAAAUAUAAGAAAACAGCAGCGCAGAUCCUGAUCCGGUUCCACAUUGAGAGGAAUAUUGCAGUUAUUCCCAAAUCCGUCAAGCCGGAAAGAAUCAAAGAAAAUUUCCAGGUCUUUGAUUUUAAGCUGAGUACAGAAGAUAUGAACACCAUUAUGAGCUUCAACAGGAACUGGAGAACAACUUUUCUAGACUGGGCUUCUGACCACAAGGACUACCCACUGAACGCAGAGUACUGAGAUCCUCGCCUGCACGGCCUGAACUGAACUGAAGCCCUAACAAUACAUAAACCAUUCAUAAUUCAUAAUCAGUUGGUACUUACUGUGUUUUAUUAAUCACUCAUUCCUCACAUCACAUUUCUUACGAAAGACUGAACCAAGCUUCUAUGUGAAACUUCUGUCAGUGUGUUGUGUCUGUAAGUGAGCGUCUUCCCUUAAUAGUAUAAAACUAUUUUCUCCAACAUUUUUUGAUUCUAGAUGAAAGCACUGCAUUUACUGAGCAAAUCGAACAACACAUAAUUUAUCAGGAAUGCAACUAUUUUCAAAUGUCCUCAACCACUUAAAUUCCAUCUCAAAUAUUACCAAAAAAAAUUUUUUUUCCAAAUUAACACUACAUAUUCAACUUAAUAUAAAACCAGUAAUUUUUGGUAAUAUAUCAUAUAUACAAAUGCAGUUUGAUUAGCUUAACUUACACAUAAAAUAAUAUUCUGUCAUAUUAAGUGAUGGUGCAAUCAAUUGUAUUGUGAUUGCAUGCAAUUAGAUCGUGCAAGAUUGGCGCACGGUACCAGUAGUUUGCCAGGGGGACUGUGAGUCAUUCUUGCUUUGUACAUUAUAACAAUUUCACUCAGUAAUGUUGUAUUUCGGUCCAGUUGUGUCUUUAGCUGUUGAACAGCCUUGUUCUGUGGACAGAGAAGCCAGUGACAUGAACUCUGUAAUGCUUCAUGCGCUGUAAACAACUUUUUCUAUUGGUUUUGCUGCCAUAGCCAUACAAAAAUAAUAUGUGGCUUGUUGUUAGCUUGUGUAGCAUUGACUGAUAAAGCUGUGGGUUCACUCCAAGAACAACCACAACCUGAAGAUUAUUCCACCCACACUUCACCCUGAGAAUGAUCAUUAUUGAAGAAAAUUGUAUGAAACCCUGAAAGUACAGCGCCAGCCUCUCACUUCUCUUCUGCUGUAAUGUCAAAACGACUUCAUCACCUCCAACGCAUUUAGGGAAAGCACAUGGUCUUGUAAUCCAGUCCCAUUCGGAAGUGAAUAAAAUACACAAAUACUGUACUUGAGUGGAAGUAGAGAUACCUUUUGUAAAAUCUUAGUUGAAUAAAAGUAUAAGUGCUAUA